AUGGAAGUGCUGAGAGUUGAUCGUGCCAACCUGCGCCCUUCCGCCGCCGCCUCCUCCUCUGCCCAGCAAGAGGUGGCCACCAAGAUCAAGCAGACGCACAGCCUGACCGUGCUGCUGAAGCGCUGCUCGGAACAGCUGCUGGCAGAAUAUGUGCGCCACCAGGGGGAGCCUUUCAGCAGUGCCAAUUUUCAGCCCCCUGCAAUGACAGUGCCUGGCCUGCCCUCGCCCCCCGUCUCCCUGGAGGCCUGGCUGGCACUGAGUGACGGGGAGCGACUGUGGCACCUCGCCGUGGCCUACGCCGCCCUGCCCGGACUUCUGGGUGCCGUGCAGCAGCAGCAGGACGACCUCAACCCUCUGGCUUCGGAGCUGCACCGGCAGCUGGAUGGGGCGGCUCGUCAGUGCCGGGGGCUGGCUGUGAACCUGGAGGGGCUCAUGGGCGCCUUGGGGGUGCCUGGCCCCCCCUCUCCUGCCCCCAACCUGGGCUCUCCCCCCCCCAACGCCUUCCUGAGAUUCCCCGGAGUUCAAACGGAAGCAACCCAUGUUUUUAAGGCCGAGAACCUCCUUGCUGUACGUGAGGCUACCCGCUCACCAAUGAAAUGCCAACCACGAGCGGAUACAGAGUAG